AUAUAUAUUCUCAAUAGGUUUCUCUCUCAUCUCUCUUAAUUCACUCUGAAAGAACCACCAUUUGAUUCCCUUCUGGUACACACAGGAAGCUUCGUUCACGAGGAGCGGUUUUCCACCUUAUGGAAGCCGCUCUUUCCAAAUUUUCCAAAUUCCCCCAAUUUUUUUUUUAGAUUUACUGUAAAGGGAGAGUAAUUUUCAUGAUCAAAUUUGUGCCCUGUAAUUUUCCCACUUUUGAAUUCGUAUUAUAUGCAGAUUGCAUAUUUGUGAAUUUGUAUCCUGUUCUUCUAUUCCUUUUGGCGUUCUUCUAUUGAUUUUGCCGUUGUUGUUGCAUUAUGCAACUUGGUGGGAUUUCAAUAAAUCCCAGCAUCUGUCUGCAUCUCGAAACACUCCGAAUUUCGGGCCACCGAUCGGGUUUUGCCGAUUAUUCGGAGAGUGAUCGAACGAUUUCAUGCACGCAAGGUGUUUGGGAAAAGGACCAAGAGAAGAGAAAAUGGCUGAUUGGCUAAAGGGCAGUGUAAUAGGGUCGGGUUCGUUCGGCACUGUUCAUUUGGCUGUAGAUACUUCUACCGGAGCACUUUUCGUUGCUAAAUCAGCGAAAACGGAAGCCGGGAUCAUGUCGCUGAAAAACGAGGCCGAAAUUCUCGAGAAUCUCGAUUCUCGGUACAUAGUUAAAUGCGUAGGAAAAGAUGUCUCUUUUACCAGAAAUGGCGAGACGAACUACAACCUAUUUUUCGAGUACAUGGCGGGAGGUAGCUUAUCCGAUCUGUCACAGAAAUUUGGAGGGUCGUUAGACGAGAGACUGAUUCGUUUGUACACUAGAGAAAUUCUUCAAGGCUUGAAGUACUUGCACAAAAACGGGAUUGUGCACUCCGACAUCAAGUGCAAAAACGUGCUCGUGGAUUCGUUAGGAGCUAUAAAAGUCGCCGAUUUUGGAUGCGCGAAGAGAUUGUGCGAUAAAAAAUCGAGAAAGUCUUGCGUAAUUGGGAUAGGAGGGACUCCUCUUUGGAUGGCUCCUGAAGUAGUGAGAAACGAAGGGCUGGAUUUCGCCGCGGAUAUUUGGUCUUUAGGAUGCACGAUUAUCGAGAUGGCUACAGGGAGGCCACCGUGGGGCGGCGACGCAGCGAAUCCAAUGGCUGCACUUUUAAAGAUUGCGAAAGGAAACGAGAUUCCCGAAUUUCCGAGGCAUUUUUCGUCGGAGGGGUUGGAUUUUCUGUCAAAGUGCUUGCAGCGGGACCCUCGAAAGAGAUGGACGAGCGAGGAAUUGCUCUGCCAUCCAUUCGUUACGAGAAAGGCGAGUUUUGUGAGUAAUUCGCGGAAGGGGGUUUCGUUUUCGCCGACUAGCGUUGUAGAUUUCGCGAGUUACGAAUCGGACGGUAGUUAUUCGUCCGACGACGACGAGUUUGUUGUGGAUAAGAUGAUUUCUUUCACAGUGAAGAAGUUGAUGCCGAAAUAUGAAUCGGAAAACGUUUUCGAGGCGUCGGAAGAUUGGAUCACUGUGAGGAGUAGGUAGUGGAUAGCAAAAGGAAUAGGGGAAGAGUGUUUUUGUUGUACAGUGCUAUUUUUCAAGAUUAGACAAAUUAAAGUGAGAUUAGUUUCUUUUGUAGCUGAUUGAUUCUCUCCCUUUAGACUUGUUAUUAUUAUUAUUAUUGCUAUAUAAAAUGUUCUCUCUUCCUUUGUUUGAAUGAUUAGAAAAUUCUAUU